GCCCUUUAUCUGCUAAGCUGAACGGUUCAGAUCGAAAGUCCAACCUACUCUCUCGUCUGCUCUCUACUCACAGCAAGAUGUGCUACGAUCAGCUUCGAUCUUUGUCGGAAGAUGAAAUCAUACCGCCGCGCACCACCAGAUCGCCGGACGAGAACGCCGUGGUGGUGGAGGAUCUGAGAAGCCGCUUAGCGGAGACUCAGGUGCGGCUUGAACAAGCCAGGGCUAGAGAAGCCGAGCUCAGCCGCCGCCUCCAGGAGAUGAAACGCUUCGUCUCUGUCAUGGAGAUCCUCGAGACCUACCUCAAGCGACGCUACCAAGAGCAGCAACAACACGUUGAGCGCUUGCUCUCCGUGAUUCCCCAAAAGCAGUAGUGUUUAUUGAUUCUCCACAGUUUGCUCUGUUGAUAAACAAACCUUUUUUUUAAAGAAUACAAAUAAAAGGAAUUUUGGUUGUUCUCGUUGUGUUGUGGUUUA